AUGCAGCCUUUCACCGACGGGUCUCAAACCCCACAAAUCCAAGCCGAACCGUCCAUCGGAGAGGAGCACUCGCCACCCGAAGCUGGAAUUUUUCUAACCUUUCCGGCGAUUUUCCUCAGCUGCACGAGUAGCGAUUCCUCUUCAUCUUGUAGCGGCCAUGACCAUCGAUCGUCUGGUCGGAGAAGGGAACCCCACGUCAGCCAUCGCGCGACUCCAUCUCCGCCAACAGCGGGCCGCCGUGAAGAGCAGCGGGUUCCGGCUGUUCGUUCGAUUCCCCGUCAGUCCUCGCUGGCGAACUUGAGAGUGGACGCCCGUUCACCUCACAGCAAGCUCCAUCGGUUUUUCUCACUCAGUGACUUCGUUCAGCGAGCAGCAAAGCGGUCGGUCUCUUUUCAGCCGGGAAGCAGCAGCGGCCUUCUCGUGUUGAAGCAGCAGCCCCAGUUCAUAAAGUUGAGCUUUAUCGAGCUUUGCCGUGAUAGUUCAAUGUUCGCGAGCGAUAGUCGAGUGCCGAACCCCAGCUGCAAGUGA